CCACAUCUCCAGAGAAAAAGGUUCCAGCAAUGGAACCUGAGAGGAGAGCCCUCCUUGGCCACAAAAGUGCUUUUCUCCUCCAGCCAGCUUCCCUAGUCCCCUGCUGCAGGCCUCCAACCCUCCCGGGCCCCCACCCUUGCCUGAGCUGCACAACUUUCUGGGAUGCAGUUUCUGUCACCUCACUUCUUCAUUAUUUGUCCCAGGAUAUACACAAAGAUAAACAAUAUCCGAGAACACCACACUCCCCACCACUAGGCUCCCUCACACCCAGGUCUUUCCUCUCCUCCCAGCAGGGGUGCCAUGGAGGGGAAGACCAUGCUCUCCCUCAACAAGUGUGGAGCUCUCUGAGGACUACAGCCGUGACCAAGAGUCACACGUCGUCCCCAGCUGUUCUUCCCUCUGGACCCACUGCUUUUCCUUCAGCUACCAGCAGAAUUCUGCCCAUACAGGCCACCCCCAGUUCAUGCUGGGGGCUCAGAGUACACAAGGGAAAACAAGAGGCCCCAGGACAGACAAGGAGCACAGAUGUGCAAGGAAAGGUGGAAGGAGAGAAGGCGCGAGAGGUCCUUCAAAGACACAGACUGCACAGAACACACUUAGGAUCAAGUGCCCAGGCCCCAGUGCUCUUCAGGGAAGACUGUGCUCAGCAGAUAUUAUUCCAUUCAGAGGGCUAGCUCAACCAUUUCCUGCAUCCAACCCACAUCUGAGCCCCAUUUCUAGCCCCUGCCCUUCCCUGGAUCUCAGUCUCACCACCUCUAAAAGGGGAGGGCUUUUCUCUUCUCCUUCCAACCACUAUUAUUUCUGGAAAAGGUAAAAAUAAUGUGAACUUUUGCCUGUGAGGGCUCCUCGGAGAAACUCUUUUAAGAAGCAGUCAGUACCAGCAGCCCCACCACCAGGAGGCAGGGGUCCUCAGGGGUACUCAGAGACCCAGACUCUCUUGUUUUGAGGGAGAGAGGACACAAUAGUCCAGAACAAAGUGUCUUACACUCACCUCCCUCUUCCUCCAUAUCUUCACCAUCAU